GUCAUGAAUUCAUUGUUGUGGGAAUUGUUUAGAAUACCUAAUUAACUGUUUUAAUUAAGUUUUUUCUAUAAUUGAUAUGUAAUUAUGGCAGAUUCUUUAGCUGCACAAAGAGCAAAACGACAAAAAGUCGAUAAACACGGACGUUUAUCAGCCUUUGAAAAACUAAAGCAACUUAAAGGGAAGGGUUCUAAACACAAAUAUGAUGUAGAUGAACUAGAAAAUGUUUAUGAAACGGUAGAUGAAAAAGAGUAUACAGAACGGGUGUUACAACGCCAAGAGGACGAUUGGAUCGAAGAUGACGGUGGAACCGGCUAUGUAGAAGACGGGAGAGAGAUAUUUGAUGAUGAUGAUGAAAUAGAAGACACAUAUGUACCUGUAAAUAAUAAAGACUCUGGUCGAGGACAGAAACGGAAGGCUAGAGUGGCAGCUGAACCAUCUUUAAAGGGCAACAUUAGAAACCUGCUAGGAUCCAUGCCAGCUAAGAAGAAAGAGGAUGUAAAACUAUCUGAUGACAAUAUUCUAUCAGAUAUUAUGUCAGAUUUGGACAGUGGUUCCACUGCAAUAACACCAAAAGUUCUUCAAAGGAAGAGUAACAUUAUUACAUCUUCAAAGAAAGAGGCACAUAACUAUUUCAAGAGUUUAUCAACUGCUGUUAAGAAACCCACCUCAGUAACUACAUCUUCGCCAUCUUCCAUUGUGAAAACUGAGGAGAUAACUAAUAAAGUAGAGGAUGAGAUUGCUCCUAUAACAGACAUAAAAGAUGAUUCUGCAAAAUCAACAAAUAGUAAAAUGAAAACAGCAAAGAAAACUGAAUGGAUGAUUGAUAAAGAAAUAAAACAAGAAUUGGAUGAUACAGCAACACAAAACAUUGAGGAGUUUCAAUCGCAAGAUAUUGAUUUUAGUGGUGAUUUCAAUGUGGAUGAAAUAACUCCUGCUACUGAUAAAAAAAAGGAAGUUAAGAAAGAAACGGUGCCUAAUUCCAGUACAAUAAUGGAUGUGGCAGAGGAAUUUCUCAAUGAAGACUUUGAUAUUUUCCCAAAAGCAAAAGAGUCCCCUAAAGAACUAAAACCUCUUUCCAGUACAUGGACAGAUGAAAUUAAUGAUAAUAAAAUUCCUAAUUUGGUUCAGUCUGAUGGUCAAUUGCCAAUGCAGACUAACGAGAAUGGAGAAAAGGUUCUCAGAUUCUACUGGUUGGAUGCCUGGGAGGAUAGAUUUUUGAAACCUGGAGUAGUAUUUUUAUUUGGUAAAGUUUAUGCCAAUCCAUCUGAUAAAAAAGGCGGCAGUUUGUCAUGCUGUGUGGUUGUGAAAAAUAUUAACAGGCAAUUAUUCUUGUUGCCUAGAGAAUAUAAAUUGGACUCAAUCACUUUAGAAGCUACAGACCAAGAAGUCACUAUGAUGGAUCUCUAUGAAGAGUUUAACAGUUCUGUAGCCAGUGAAUUGGGUUUAAAAGAAUUUAAAUCACGAAAAGUUACAAAGAAUUAUUCUUUUAACUUACCCGAUAUACCGGCACAAUCUGACUAUUUAGAAGUCCGCUAUUCUGCAUCAUUCCCCCCACCUCCAACAGGAAAGAAAUAUUUAUCAUUCUCUCAUAUUUUUGGUGCAAAUACAUCUUCUCUAGAAACAUUGUUACUAGAAAGGAAAAUAAAAGGGCCAUGUUGGCUAGAAAUAAAACAGCCAGAAAAUGUUGUAGCCAAAGUGUCUUGGUGCAAACUAGAGGCUGUCUGUGAUAAAAUCGAACAUAUAUCUGUCAUCAGAAAUAAUACAGAACAGUUAGAACCUCCACCAAUAGUAAUUGCUACUUUAAAUAUGAGAACAAUAAGUGAUUCCAAAACAAGAAAGACGAAAAUAUUGAUGAUAAGCUGUUUAAUACAUAACAGCUAUCCAAUACAUAAACCACCACCAAAUCCACCUUUUGAACAACACUUCUGUGUAAUGACGAAAUGCAACGAUAUUUGGCCAUUGGAUCUCAAACAAACUCUGCCUCAAUAUAAGUCCACGAAACUUACAAAAUGCGACACGGAAAGGGAAUUACUAAACUUUUUCAUGGUUCAGUUUUGGAAACUAGACCCUGAUUUAGUUGUGGGUCACGAUUUGCAAGGAUUCCAACAGGAUUUACUCAUUGGAAAUAUUUUGGAUCUCCAUAUACCCAACUGGUCACGGCUUGGUCGUCUAAAGAGAUCUGUCGCUCCUCAAAGAAAAUACGCUGCUAAAGAUGCAUUUUUAGGGCGACUAGUUUGCGACAUUAAACUAUCGGCAAUGGAGUUGAUUAGAGCCAGGAGUUUCGAUCUUGAUACAUUAUGCGUAGACGUCUUGAAAAUGAAAGAAGGAGAGAGGGUUGAUGUGGCACUAGAAGAUUUGCCAAGGUAUUAUGAGAACAGUGGGGACUUGCUACAGUUAGUUUCACUGAGCAUGCAAGAUUGUUCUUAUAUUUUGAAAAUGAUGUGUGAAUUGAAUGUGAUUCCACUAGCCCUACAAAUAACCCAGAUCGCUGGUAAUGUCAUGUCUCGAACUUUAAUGGGAGGCCGCUCAGAGAGAAAUGAAUUUUUGUUACUUCACGCCUUCACAGAGAAAAAUUACAUUGUGCCUGAUAAACUGUACGGGCGUAAGGCUCUAGAAGCCGACGAAGAUCACGACGACAAAGAUGAAGCAACAACUAGCAAUGUCUCUAAAAAACAAGGAAAGAAAAAAGCUGCAUAUUCUGGUGGUUUGGUAUUAGACCCUAAAAAAGGAUUUUAUGAUAAACUUAUCCUUCUCAUGGACUUCAAUUCUCUGUAUCCAAGUAUUAUUCAAGAGUAUAAUAUAUGCUUCACAACAAUCAAGAGAAAAAGCACAUUGACUUCUGAUGAUGAUAUUGCGAAUUUGAUAUUACCUGGCCCUAAGGCAGAGUUUGGUGUUCUUCCUACACAAAUAAGAAGAUUAGUGGAGAGUAGACGUGAAGUUAAAAAAUUAAUGAAAUCCCCUGAUCUUCCGUCAGAUCAAUACAUGCAGUACAAUAUAAGACAAAUGGCUCUUAAACUAACUGCCAAUUCCAUGUAUGGUUGUCUAGGUUUCACCCAUUCUAGAUUUUAUGCUAAACCCCUGGCAGCAUUAGUUACUAUGAAGGGAAGAGAAAUCCUCAUGGAUACUAAAGAAAUUGUCCAAAAGCUCAAUUAUGAUGUAGUAUAUGGCGAUACUGACAGUUUAAUGAUCAACACAAACUGUCUAGACUAUGAUUAUGUUUUUAAAAUCGGUAACGACUUGAAAAGAGAAAUCAACAAAAAGUAUAAGCAAAUAGAACUCGAUAUUGAUGGAGUGUUUAGAUACUUAUUGCUUUUGAAGAAAAAGAAAUAUGCUGCUGUGCUCAUUGGUAAAAAUAAAAACGGAGAGUUUGUGUUCACUCAGGAACAUAAAGGCCUGGACAUCGUACGUAGAGAUUGGUCACAAUUAGCUGCUGAAGCUGGCAAGUUCAUAUUAAGUCAGAUUCUUUCAGAGCAAUCUGCCGAUGAGAGAUUAGAAAGUAUCCAAUCGCAUCUCAAUAAACUUAAAGAUGAUCUUGUCAGCAACAAAAUUCCUCUAUCUUUAUUAACAAUCACAAAACAAUUGACUAAAAACCCCACAGAAUAUGCCGAUAAAAACUUGCAACCUCACGUUCUUGUGGCUCUACGGCUAAAUAGCAAGAACAGUAGAAGAUUUAAAAAGGGUGAUAUUGUACCCUAUAUUAUUUGCGAAGACGGUACAGACAAAUCCGCGGUGCAGCGUGCUUAUCACAUAGAAGAAUUAAAGAAUACCGAAACACUUAAAAUUGACUACAGAUACUAUUUAGCACACCAAUUACAUCCAGUGAUAUCUAGAAUAUGUGAACCAAUCGAAGGAAUGGACCCGGCACGAGUAGCAGAUUGUCUCGGCCUAGAUCCAUCAGGGUACAAACAUAUUAUAAAGAAAGAGAACCAAAACACAGAAACAUAUGAAGUCGAAAAUGAACAAGAAAAAUACAGAUAUUGUAAAGAAUUCACUUUCAUGUGUGUAAGUGAGACAUGCAAAACUUUAAAUAGAAUAAGAGAUACUUUUGUCAAAUUGGAUAAAGAAAGUGUAUCGUUUUUAGAAAAAUGUCAAAAUGAUAAAUGUGCUAUAAGGCCUAUAGAUUACUUGGCCUGCAUACAGAACCAGCUGACUUUGCAAAUUCGUCAAUACCAUACUCAAUAUUACGGUGGGUGGUUAUCGUGCGAGGACCCUGCUUGCGGAUACCGAACCGCACGGAUGCCUCAAACUUUCGCAGGCGGUUAUCCUCUAUGUAGACAGUGUGAAAAGGGUGUAAUGUUCCGGGAAUACACUGAAAAAGAUCUAUAUGUACAACUAAACUUUUUCCUGUUUUUGUUUGAUUUGAACAAAGCAAAUAACUCAAAAAUAAAAGUUUCUUCUCAAUUAACAACGGCAUUCUUGUCUCUAAAAGAAAUCGUGGAAGACUGGCUCACACACUCUGCUUACUCAAUAAUCAAUCUAUCAAAGUUGUUCCGAUUCUUUACGCUCGACCCCAAAUCUAAAAGCAAUGUGAUGUCGGAACCUCCAGUAGAAAUUGAUAUUUUACCAGAGACAGAAAAAAUCGAUGCAUUGUUAGAAAUGGGUGUUUAUUAAGAAGUAUUAGAGAAUAAAUGACCUGUUUAUAUCAUUAUAUCAUGGCGGUGUAUAUACAAUACUUGUUUUAUUUUUAAUACAAUUUUUAUGAAAAGU